UCAGAUUGAAGCUUAAAGUUAAUUAGUUAUCCAAUUAAUAUGAAAUUUGCUAAGGUUUUACAACAAACGCUUGUUGAAGAAGAUAUACCAGAAGAAUGGGUAGAGGCAGCCAUUAAAUAUAAGUCAUUGAAGAAGUGUAUCACCAAAGUUGUUCGGGAGUUAAAGUUUUUAGGGCUAGAGCAGAAUACACUUAAGUUUUUACUAGAGGAUCCAAAUAGUGAAGAUGGGACUAAAAAGAUCAUUGAAGUUGAUCAACAUGAGACUUUACCAAAUAAUCCGAUAAUUGCAGAAUACACUUUGACUAAGUCAAAUGAUAAAUCCAAGCCGAUAUUGCCGUACCUCAAGAUAACAUUGAAUUAUGAUGAUGAUGAGUAUACGGAUGAUCAUAUUCAUGAAGUUGGAUUACAACUUAAGCAUAAGAUUGAAAUGUUAUUGAAUAAUGAUGAUUUUGCUGAUGAUGAUCAUGAAGAACCAAAUACUGAACAACAAGUUAUUGAGAUUAAAGAAGAAGGGGACAAACUUAUACUAUCGCCCCAAACAACUCAUAGCAUACCGAGUAGGCUGGGAUCCCCAGAGCCCUUUGAAUUGAAUAAUUCGAAAUCGUUAGAUAAAACUAUUACUGAAACCAAGGAACCAGUUCCAAAACAAAGCAAAACCAACGAAAUUGUAAUCAUGUUGAAUUCAGAUACUAAGUUUUUCCAAAUGUUGAAUAAAGAAUUAGAAUCUUUGGAUGACUUGAAAUCAAAGGAAGAAUCAAAUUUAAUAUCUCAAGUAGACUCGAUAAGUCACUCGGUGAAAAGUUUAUCCAGUCCAAACGUAUCGUUGAAAAAAACAGACUUGUAUAAAUGGAGAGAAUUAUUCAAAAUAUAUUUAGAUUCUGAAGUCUAUUUCAAAUACAACCAAACCAAUUCAAGUGCAUCAGAAAGAAACGCUGAACAAAUUAAAAAAAACUUACAAGAGUUUGUGAAUAGGGUGACCAAGUCAGGUAUAACAGACCAGUUCAAGAAGAAAAAAUCAUUAGCAGUCUUUAAUCAAUUCAUAUCAAUGAAUUACCACUUACUUAAGGUUUUACAAUUCCAAUCAAUAAAUACUGAAGCUUUUAGAAAAAUUUUGAAAAAGUUCGAUAAGCAAACUUCCCUUAACGUGAAAAAUAGAUUCCCUAAAUUAAUCAAUGAUGACCAUGUCUUUUUCAGUGGUGCAUCUUUGGCUCAAUCAAUUUGUUAUAUCAUGCAAACGUCGGUAUUAACCUUGAUACCCCAAUUGGAUGAUUAUACUUGUCCAAUCUGUACCUCGGUUGCCUUCAAACCAAUAAAAUUGAGUUGUGGUCAUGUGUUUUGCGUGAGAUGUUUGGUCAAAUUGAAACAACAAGACAAGUCAAACUGCCCAAUUUGCAGACAUGAAAAUGCAGUUGUAAAAGCUGAUUCCACCAAUCUAGACCUAAAGUCAAUGGCCCUAAUGAAAACUUACUUCCCACUUGAAGUCAAAGAAAAAUUGAAAGAAAGGGAUAAAGAAAGGUAUGAUGAAGUCGUGGGUAAAGAAAAGUGUAUAAUCAUGUAAUCUCUUGUAUAAUAAGUUGGUACUGUAAAAAAGAUGUUGCAA